CUCGCCGCCGUCUUCCCCCUCCUACCGCCGCCUUCCCCCUCCUGCCGCUGCCGCCGCCGGGACGCGCGGCCUCGGGUUGCCGGGGCUGAGUCGCGCGCGCCGUGCACUCUGGCUCGGGGUGGGGCAGAGGACUCGCCCCCGACCCUCCCGCGGAGGGUCCUCUCGGCUUUCUUGUGGUCCGGCGGCCCUGGGGCUCCUUCCUAACAGCCCCGGACUGAGUCCCCUCAAGUCGGGGACCCUCCGCUCCUUUAAGGAGGAGUGGACACCUGCCGCCGUAUUUCUCUAAAACGGCGUCUUCUCUGUGCUGUCCCCUCACACCCACACAGACGGCAGAGAACUGCAAGAUGCCGUUUGCUCUCUUUUCCAACUCCAGAACCUUCUGAUCUCCGCUAGUUCCUACUGGCUCCUGCCCCUUGCCCCGUCCGCGCUCACAGGGAGACAUCCCUCAACCCCAUACAGCCUGGGCCUGGCUCCGAGCCUGCGGGCUGCUUCUGGACCACCUCCUCUCUUCACUCCCCCUCCCCCUCUGUCCUCUGACCCUCAGUCCCCUUGUCACCUCUUCGAGCCCCCGCCUAACCAGGAGCCAGGGGGUUCCCCCCUACCAGGAUGUGAGCCCCUUUAACCUGUAAUGCUGUGGCUGGCCCUUGGCCCCUUCCAUGCCAUGGAGAACCAGGUGCUGGUGAUUCGCAUCAAGAUUCCAAAUAGUGGAGCCGUGGACUGGACAGUGCACUCUGGGCCGCAGCUUCUCUUCAGGGAUGUGCUGGAUGUGAUAGGCCAGGUUCUGCCUGAAGCAACAACCACAGCAUUUGAAUAUGAAGAUGAAGAUGGUGAUCGAAUUACAGUGAGAAGUGAUGAAGAAAUGAAGGCAAUGCUGUCAUAUUAUUAUUCCACAGUAAUGGAACAGCAAGUAAAUGGACAGUUAAUAGAGCCUCUGCAGAUAUUUCCAAGAGCCUGCAAGCCUCCUGGGGAACGGAACAUACAUGGCCUGAAGGUGAAUACCCGGGCUGGAUCCUCUCAACACAGCAGCCCAGCAGUCUCAGAUUCACUUCCAAGCAAUAGCUUGAAGAAGUCUUCUGCUGAACUGAAAAAAAUAUUAGCCAAUGGCCAGAUGAAUGAACAAGACAUACGGUAUCGAGACACUCUUGGUCAUGGCAACGGAGGCACAGUCUACAAAGCAUAUCAUGUUCCAAGUGGGAAAAUAUUAGCUGUAAAGGUCAUACUACUAGAUAUUACACUGGAACUUCAGAAGCAAAUUAUGUCUGAAUUGGAAAUUCUUUAUAAGUGUGAUUCAUCAUAUAUCAUAGGGUUUUAUGGUGCAUUUUUCGUGGAAAACAGAAUUUCAAUAUGUACAGAAUUCAUGGAUGGGGGAUCUUUGGAUGUAUAUAGAAAAAUUCCAGAGCAUGUCCUUGGAAGAAUUGCAGUGGCGGUCGUUAAAGGCCUUACUUAUUUGUGGAGUUUAAAGAUUUUACAUAGAGAUGUGAAGCCCUCUAAUAUGCUAGUAAACACAAGAGGACAAGUCAAGCUGUGUGAUUUUGGAGUUAGCACUCAGCUGGUGAAUUCUAUAGCCAAGACGUAUGUUGGAACAAAUGCUUAUAUGGCGCCUGAAAGAAUUUCAGGGGAGCAAUAUGGAAUCCAUUCUGAUGUCUGGAGCUUAGGAAUCUCUUUUAUGGAGCUUGCUCUUGGGAGGUUUCCAUAUCCUCAGAUUCAGAAAAACCAGGGAUCUUUAAUGCCUCUCCAGCUUCUGCAGUGCAUUGUUGAUGAGGAUUCACCCGUCCUUCCGGUUGGAGAGUUCUCCGAGCCAUUUGUACAUUUCAUCACUCAGUGCAUGAGAAAACAACCAAAAGAAAGGCCAGCACCUGAGGAAUUGAUGGGCCACCCAUUCAUCGUUCAGUUCAACGAUGGAAAUGCCACCGUGGUGUCCAUGUGGGUGUGCAGGGCACUGGAGGAGAGGCGGAGCCAGCAGGGCCCCCCCUGAGGCUGCAGUGUGAUGCUGAAAGCCCAGGACUGGUCACCGAGGAGAAGACGUGCCUGUUGUGGCCUUCGUUUGCUGUCCGCACCAGAAGAGCUUU